AGUCUUAGUUAAUGUUUAGGAGGCGCUCUCUUCCGCUUAAUCUGAGUAUAAAUUGGUGGGGAAAAAAAAGAAAGAUAGUUUAGCAUCACACACUUGACAACAAUUUCUGUAGCAGAGAAUGAAAAGGGGGUACACAAUGAAAACCUUUGUUCAUAUGAGUUUAAUCGUGAUCCUGCUCUGCAGUGGAAUCAGAACUGAUGACAGCCUUCACCAUGAAGAUAGGGAUACUCCGCAGAAUUGUCACAUAUGUUCAUUGGCUGUAGCAAAUGCCGACUUUGGCUUGGGCUUAUAUCAUGCAUUAAGCUCCAUGGAGGACAUGCAUGGCAAGAACCUUUUCUUUUCACCACUUAGCGUCUCCAGGGCCCUAUCUAUGGUGGCCCUGGGUGCUGCUGCAGAAACUCACGAUCAGCUUUUUAAAGCAUUGGGCUUUAACAAGACAGUAGUUAAUGAAACAGUGGUCAACUCUGCCUUUAUGAAAUUGUUUGACAAAUUCCAAAAAGAUGAGAAGGAACUCCAGCUGGAUACUGGCAGUGCCAUCUUCCUAAAAGAAGGAUUCAAACCAAAUGACCAGUUUCUAGAGGAUAUCAAGCACUAUUUUGAAUCAGAGGGUUUUUUGAUUGACUUUUCGGAAACAGAGAAAGCAAAAAACGUAAUCAAUGAUUACAUAUCACAGAAGACACAUGGCAAUAUUGAAAACCUGGUUAACAAAUUAGAUCCUAGCAGCUUAAUGAUUCUGGUGAAUUACAUUUAUUUCAAGGGCAAGUGGGAGAAGCCUUUCAAUCCAAAGCUUACUCACAAGGAAAGCUUCUAUGUGGACAAUCAUACUGUGAUACAAGUUAAGAUGAUGACCCGAAAUGGCAAAUAUGAUGUGUAUGAAGAUGAGAACCUCACUGCAGUACUCCUUCCAUACAAAGGAAACUCUACAAUGAUGAUUGUUUUACCAAAACCAGAAAAAUUUAAAGAAGUGGAGCAGCUCUUGAAUAGAGAUAAAAUAGGAGUAUGGAUCCAAGGAAUGGAGAAAACCAAUAUCCAUCUGCACGUUCCCAAAUUUUCUGUUUCAACCUCCUACUCACUCAAAGACGCAUUGAAGAACAUGGGCAUCACUGAUUUGUUUGAAGGUGACGCUAACCUUUCCCGAAUUACUGAUAAGACUAAAUUGAAGGUGUCGCAGUUUAGUCAUAAAGCCGUACUUACUGUUGAUGAAGUUGGGACAGAGGCAUCUGCAGGAAGUUUUUCUGAAAUAAUGCCACUGCGAAAACCACCCGUCAUAAAAGUGAACAGGCCUUAUAUCCUGAUGAUUCUUCAAAAAACAACUGACCAGCUGCUCUUCAUGGGAAAAAUUGUAAAUCCUAAAGAAAUUUGAAUCUACAUAUGUGACAAAUAAAACACAACAAUCUGAUCAAGGUCAUAUGCUGACUUUAUAUUUAAGCUUUAUUUUUUGAAAGUAAACUUUCUUGUGCAUUAUUUAAAAAAUAC